AAAAAAAAAAACAAACAACAAACUUGAUGUCAAAUGUUUAGAAUAAAAUUGGAAAUUUAUUUUGGUAAUUAGCAAAAUUUUUAGUAUUUAUUUGAAAUAAUUUUAUGUUGAAAAUAUGACAUGGGAGUUUUUUGGAGGUAUUGAUGUCUGAAUUGCUGGAGAAAAACGUUGAUACUAGUUUGGAGGAAGACUCACGACAUGAUGAUGAUAAAAAUCAAGUGGAAAAAAAAUCUGUAUCAAUUGAAAAAGAUGAUUCAAAUUUAUCGACAACUGACAUUUGUAGAAUAUGUCACAUGGGUAAUUUUCCAGUGGUAACAGUACCAACUUCAUUAUGGGAAUGGCCAAAACAAAAUGUUCAAAGAAAUAAUAGUCAAACAUCAACACUUUCAUCAUAUGCCUAUCUUGGACCACUCGUUUCAGUUUGCAAGUGUCGAGGGACUGUUGCACUUGUACAUAGUGAAUGUCUUGAACGUUGGUUAACUGAAUCUGGUAAUACAAGAUGUGAGCUUUGUGGUUACAAGUACCUCACCAAAAGAGUACCAAGACAUGGUCUUUUUAGGAGUGUCUGGAUAUGGUUCAAUACUGUUGUUGCAACAAGACGAAUGAUGUUUGAUAUAAUGUAUCUUGUUGUAACAACACCAAUAGCAUUAUUUGCAAUUUAUGUAUGUUCACUUACAAUGAGAAUGAUAUUAAAUACUGGCUUUAAUGAAAUACCCUGGAUGAUUGUUGUUUUAUUACCAACAUGUUCAUUAACACUUGCAGCAUAUUGGUGUUGGCUUGUUACACUUGGCAGGUAUAUUAACAGACUUCAUGGUAGACAAUGGCGAAGAUUUUGGAGAAAUAAUUUUGUGGUACGUUUACUUCCUGAUAAUCCAAGUUCAACAAAUAAUGAAGAAAUUAAUAACCAUGAUAAUUCACAAUUUGUUGAUGAUUUUGAAGAUAUUUUUCAAAUUCAUUUUUAAUUAUUAUUGUUUGUGUUUUUAUUUAAUAAAUUUUUGUUGUUGAAAAA